UUUCCUCUAUGUCCGUACCAAAAUAACCAAAAAGAAUUUAAUUCUGAUUUCCCUUCAAAAUAUUUCACUACGUAAAAUACAAUACGAAUUUACGAAUAAUAAAAACUAGUUUCUAUUAUUCGAUAUAUAAUAAUUAUUAAAAUACUUAAUAGAAAAGUGUUUAGAGACCACGAAAUAGAACAAAAACCAUGUUUACUGAUAGAGUGGUAAUUGUAACCGGUGCAAGUUCCGGCAUUGGCGCUGCAACCGCGAUCGACUUCUCUAAACUAGGUGCGGAUGUUGUCAUAUCAGGAAGAAAUAAAAGUAACUUGAAUAAUGUUGCCAAGGAAUGCCAACAAGUAUCGCCUAAAAACAAAACACCCCUCGUAGUGAUCGCCGAUAUGAACAAUGAGGCCGACGUUGAGAAUUUGGUAAAAAGCACGAUAGAAAAAUUUAAUAAAAUUGACGUACUAGUGAAUAACGCAGGCGUUUUAGAAAGUGGGACUAUCGAGAACACUAGUAUCGAACAGUACGAUAGAGUUAUGAACACGAAUGUGCGUGGUCCAUAUCAUUUGACAAUGUUGGCGACACCGCAUCUUAUUAAAAGUAAAGGAAAUAUUGUAAACGUAUCCAGUGUGACGGGUUUGAGAUCGUUCCCUAAUGUGUUGGCAUAUUGUAUGUCUAAGUCUGCGUUGGACCAGUUCACGAGAUGUGUCGCGUUGGAAUUGGCGUUGAAAGGCGUAAGGGUCAACGCUGUAAACCCUGGGGUGAUCGCUACGGGGUUGCAUAAAAAGGGCCCAGGCGGAAUGAGUGAAGCAGAAUAUGAGGAGUUUAUGAGGAAGUGUGCUGAAACUCAUGCUUUGGGGAGACCGGGCGAAGCAACUGAGGUGUCAUCAGUUAUAACAUUCCUGGCUAGUGAUGCAGCGAGUAACAUUACUGCUGCUACGAUUCCCGUUGAUGGUGGCAGGCACGCAAUGUGCCCUCGAUAGAAUUUUUGUUGAUUCAUUAAAAUGUUUAUAACAA